UUUUGAAACAAAGGAACGAUACAUAAUCAGAAAAAAAGAGCAAGAAAGAGAGACAGUGUGCGAAGUGUGCACCGAAGCGACGACAAGUCAAGUGCGCUCGCUCUCGGCGAGCGGCUGACACGUCGACGUCGCGGCGAAGCCCCGCGUCCUUGCCAGCUCCCUACUCCGGAGUACUCUCCUCGAGGAGUGGGAAUCCGUCCAUCCCUACUACACCGUCCUCACCACCCUUUCCUCCGUCCCACCAUUACGCCGCGCUAUGUAAGAGCUCGCACAUGUUACCCCACGUUCCAGUCUCGCAGCGGCACUCGCGAGUGUUGUUUCGCACAUAGAUGAAAGCGCGGCGCGGCACGGAUCGCUUGGCGGGCAGGAAGGGGCGAUAAAACGCUCUCUCUCUUCCUCUCUCUUUCUACCUCUCGCGCACCGGAGGACUCAGAGGGAGAGAGACACCCACGUAACUGCGGACACAGCAGCGCGCACAGGUACGCGAGAGGGGAGGCCGCGAGGUGUAUGUGUAUCGUGUGCGUGUGUGUACGUAACGUGUACGCGUGCGCGCGCGACGAGUUCCCUUUUCAGUGCCUCGCGCGCCGCGGAGUCGCCGCGACCUCGUCGUCGAGUUGCCACGUUCGCCGAAGGCCGAAGAGCAGUUUAAUCGGGUGGAGUGAUAGGAGAAGAGGAGAGGAGCAAGUCCACCGCCGUUUCCGUGCCCACUCAGCAUCCCGCAUCAGCACUCUUUUUCUUUUUCCCCAUUUAUUUUAUCCUUUCCCAACCCCCUCUCCACCCUUUUUAUUACUUUUGUACGAACCAACUCGACGCGCCCGCCGCGACGCGUGUGGAAUUACUCCAGUGGGAAGUACUUGCGCCGCGCCGAUUGACCUGUCCGCCCCACGUCUUCGACGCGAGUGUUUCGGAGAGUGUGAAAGAGAGGAAAGGAAGUUCCGCGUUUCUCGAGGACCUCCCGCGGUGUGGAUAAGUCGCGGUACAGGAACGGAAAUUGAAGGGAACGACUUCACUUCGUCGGGAUAACGGAGAAACGAAUGACGUUAUCGCUCGUACAUCGAGAAACACAUCUUCGACACUCACGAUUUGUGACUCACAAGACGGUAGUCUGCGCGCACUGAAAAAUCGACCGUCGGGUCGUGGAGCGUCGGCAGUAUCCGACAGUUUCGUUAGCCAGGCGUGUAUCACCAUCCAGAACAAUCCCUCGCCCGUGGCAAGACGGCCGAUCGUGCGGACGUCCUCGGUGUUAUCCCAGCGCGGCCGCUACGUGCGACGACAACAGCCCAAAGAUUCUCCCACCGAAGGCCAAGAUGCACAUCGAGGUGCAGGUGGCGCUUAACUUCGUGAUAUCAUAUCUCUACAAUAAACUGCCGCGUAGACGAGUCAACAUCUUCGGCGAAGAGCUCGAGAAGGCGCUCAAGGACAAGUUCAAAGGCCACUGGUAUCCGGAGAAGCCGUUCAAGGGCUCGGCGUUCAGGUGCCUCAAGACCGGUGAUCCGGUCGACCCGGUGCUAGAGCGCGCCGCGAAAGAGAGCGGUGUGCCGAUCCAGGACAUCCUGGAAAAUCUGCCAGCCGAGCUCGCCGUCUGGGUUGAUCCCGGUGAAGUGAGCUACCGUAUCGGCGAGCUGAACGCCGUGAAGAUUCUCUACUCGGAGACCGGCGACCCGCAUGACGAGACCUCGGCCGAUCGCGAGGUCACCAAGACCUUCAAUCCGGAGGCGCAGUGCUUCAGGCCGAUCGAAGCUGUAAGCACGUCCUUGAGCGGUCUCAGCCUCAGUCCGAAAUCAACCUCGCCGUUUUCGAGCUCUCUCGGCAGCAACGCUAGCAAUGGCUCGUCCAACAACCAGCAGAACGGUCACGGAUCUGGUUCCUCGUCUGCACCCUCACCCACGCCCAUCACCAGCUCCUUCAAGGGCUCGCCCAGCCCCGUACCGGCCUUCAUCCCGCGUACCACCGCCCCGCUCACCUUUACCACCGCUACCUUCGCCCAGACCAAAUUCGGCAGCACCAAGCUCAAAACUAGCAGCAAACGCGCCAACAGGAUGUCACCCACUGAGUUCUCGAACUAUAUAAAGCAGCGCGCAGCGAUGCAGCAGCAGAUUCACCAUCAUCACCAUCAUCAGCAACAGCAGCAUCAGUCGCAGCAGCAGCAGCAGCAGCAGUCGCAGCAGCAGCAGCCGCAGCAGCAGCAGCAGCAGCAACAGGCGACCGCGGUUGGUGCAGGAUUGCCGGUCUCCCAGAGCUCGCCGCGCAGUCGUAGCCUAUCGCCCGGUAGCAUAGUCGCCGGCGCUGGACAACAACAUACGGACCCGAGUGCGUACUUCUUCCAACAUGGCCCAGCCGCGGCCGCGGCGGCGUACCACGCGCAGUUCCCCCAUCGCAACAUCUUCGACUCGUCGGCGAGCCACGGUGGUUACCUGCCGGCUGAUCUCUACGCCGGCACCAAAUUCCCAUCAUCGUACCUCGACCCGACCACCUUGGCUGGCCAUCAGUUCUACGGCGGCGGCAUGAAUGGCACUGGCGCCGGUACUGGCGGCGCUGUAAACGGCACCACCGGCGCUGGAGCCGGUACCCAGGGCGCCGGUAGCGCCGGCACCGGUAAUCUUGGUCCAAUCGGCUCUGCGACAACCAACGGCAACGUCAACGCUGGCGCGGCCGCCGCGGCGCAGCAGCAGGACAAGAGUGCCCUGGUCGAGGGCCUCAACAACUUCGGCCUCGGCUCGGUCGCGCCCUAUCCGGCCAGCCAAUAUCAGCACUUGCUUGUGGCCAACUAAUACCUCGCGCGUGCACAUCAAAUCGUCAACAAAACCGCCACUGCGUCUCGUGGCGGCGGUAACAGCGUUUUCGUUUUCGGUGCCGCUGGUCCGGUGACGGACAAAAAGGAGAGAAGGCCGUCGCCUCCGAGACUCCGUUAUCGAAACGUUGUCCAGAGUCCGGCUUCUUAAAGACGGAUGUCCAUCAGCCGAGUCAGUACCAACUCUAUCUCUCCUCCCCUAAUCAGAAUACACUGGUUAUGGUUCACGAUACCAACUUGUCCUCUCCCGCGAUUCCUAUUCAUACGCUUCUCAGAACGCUCUUUCGUUCGAUCUUUCCUAAUCCAAGAAGAAUCCGAGAUAUUCUGUACAUACAUUAUUGAUAGUUAUCGAUGAAUGGAGGAGAGAUAGAGGAUAAGCAGAGAAAGAAAGAGAAAGACAGCCGCCGAACGAUCAGCACCGACGACGAAAGCGAUCGAGAUGAGGAAAGAAGGCGCGAUAGAACGGAAAUAAAGAAAAAGAGAGAGAGAGAGAGAGAAAGAAAGAGAUGUGUAUGCGUGUGGAGAUGAUGCCUGGUUCUGAGGUACGUCUGAUUGCGAGAUAACGUGUGCGUGCAGAAACGUUUUAGGCAUGGAGGAGAGAAGAGGAGACGGAAGGAAGCGGCUAACGGCUAACGAGAGCGUGUAUAUGUGUUAAAACCCGAUAAGGACUCGAUUGGCGAUGGCGCGAGACGCUCGUUCGAGACGGAAGCCAUCGUGUGGCUACCUACGAUACACACAUACAUACACAACACACAUAAACGCGCUCAAAAGUAUACGGCAUGCGUGUAGCGCAUCGGCGGAUAUUCGAACGACGCGUCGAGCGCUCAUCUAGGACAGUAAAGAUACACUCGACACAUUAUAGGAAUAACACACACACACACAACACACAGAUAUACAUAUUAUACCGAUCUUCCCGUAUAUACAUCCCGUAUAACAUACAAUACGAAUCCACGCGGGCACACGUAGACCUUUCACAUACAUAACAUACGAGCAUCAUCCAUGCACGAGACACACGUACGUAUUAACGAAACAAAAAAAAAGAAAAAGAGGAAAACCAUAUGUACGCGACACUGACCCACACAGAUAUUACCAACGUGUAAUAAUUUAUUUUUUCACUGGUAUAUAGUCGGAGAAUUAAAUAAUGAA